CGCCCCUGGCCCGGCCCGGCCGCGGCUCCGGCGCUCCCCGUGAGGCGGUGGCGCGGCGUCAGCCCGGUAACCAGCCAGGAGUGUGUGCUGGCCUCUGCAUAAAGCAGCUCUUGAGCCUGUGCUGGGAUUUGUGUAGGUUGUUCCUUUGCUGUAGGAAAGAUGUGUCGCUGUUAGAUGCCAGACCAGCUGCCCUCUGUGCCAAGCUGCAACCAAGAUGGCAAAGUACAGGCUCGUUCUCCUGAGACAUGGGGAGGGAGCCUGGACCAAGGAGAAUCGCUUCUGCAGCUGGGUGGACCAGAAGCUGAGCAGUGAUGGCAUAAAGGAAGCGCAGAACUGUGGCAAGCACCUCAAGGCCCUGGGCUUCGAGUUCGACCUGGUCUUCACCUCCGUGCUGAGCCGCUCCAUCCAGACCGCCUGGCUGAUCCUGCAGGAGAUGGGCCAGGAGUGGGUGCCCAUCCAGAGCUCCUGGAGGCUGAACGAGCGUCACUACGGAGCCCUGAUCGGGCUCAACAGGGCGGAGAUGGCUCUGAACCACGGCGAGGAGCAGGUGAAGAUCUGGAGGAGGAGCUACGAUGUCACCCCGCCCCCCAUCUCCGAGUCUCACCCCUACUACGCCGAGAUCUACAACGACCGCCGCUACAAAUGCAGUGAUGUGCCUCAGGAGAGCCUCCCGAAGGCUGAGAGCCUCAAAGAUGUGCUUGACAGACUCCUUCCCUACUGGAAUGAAAAGAUAGUGCCAGAACUGAAAAGUGGCAAAAUGAUCCUUAUCUCUGCUCAUGGCAACAGCAGCAGGGCGUUGCUGAAGCACGUGGAAGGCAUCUCCGAUGAGGACAUCAUCAACGUCACCCUCCCCACUGGUGUGCCCAUACUGCUUGAACUUGAUGAGAAUUUGCACCCUCUGGGCCCUCACCAGUUUCUGGGUGAUCAGGAAGCCAUCCAAGCUGCCAUCAAAAAAGUGGAAGAUCAAGGGAAAGUGAAAUCUGCUGAGAAGUUAAAUCCCACUGUCUAACACAGCUGUGUUCAGUGUGUGAGGAUGUGUGAAUGACUGCUAGGUUGCACUGUGUGAAUGUCUCAAGCACUAAAUAAUUGGAAGGGACAAUUGUUGAGUCUCAGGUUGGUAGUUUACCCCUCUGCCUUUUCAAAAACUGGUAUUUAGAUUGCAGUGUGUGAGGUUUUUGAUACUGGAAAAGGAAGAGAUGAUUCAGGUAAAGGAAGCUGGCAGGGCAGCCUCCCCCAGAUCCACACUGAGGAUGGCCCAGAGGAAUAAAGGGAUGUGAUAUUGGUGUCAACAACAAUCAGUCCUGAUCUGGUAAGGAGAAAAGCACCAGCUUACUGGACUAAUUUCAGUCCAGGAUGUUAUAGGCACUAAAACUGUCACUGACAAAAAUGUCACUGUUACCAACUAGGAUUUUUCU